CAAUCAAUGAGAAAGUUAUCACAUUUUCAAUUUCACUUGAAUCAUUCAGUUGAAACAGUCAAAUUCGAAAUCAAAAUGAAAUUCUCAUUAUUCGUUGCACUUCUGACCGUCGGAGUUUGUGUCGCUUCUCCAAGUUUCCCAGCUAUCCCAGAUGCCCCAGUCCCAGCUAUCCCAGAUACCCCAGUCCCAGCUAUCCCAGAUGCCGCAGUCCCAGCUAUCCCAGAUGCCCCAGUCCCAGCUAUCCCAGAUACCCCAGUCCCAGCUAUCCCAGAUGCCGCAGUCCCAGCUAUCCCAGAUACCCCAGUCCCAGCUAUCCCAGGUGCCUCCGGUGGCACUCAAGGACCUUUUUGUAAACAUUCUAAAAUGGUCGAUUGCUAUGCGUCACCAGGUCAGGCAGCAUAAAAAAUAUUGUGCCCACUUCUUAAAAAUGUGCCAAUGGCCCGAGACCAGACGUUACUACGGCUACUAUGCUCAGAAUAUUGUAACGUACGGUGUGUGAGAGCGUAAAUAAGUAUAUCGCGCUCUGUACACAUAUGAAUGAGUGAGAAUGAAAACUCAACUUCGCAUUUCACCUCUUGCUCUCUCCUGA